CUACUGACGAUAAACAGUCAAACAAUAGCAGCCGAAUUAUUGGAAAAGUAGAAUUCUUGAAUUUCGACGUAAAUCCGCUAUAUUUUCUCAUCUUGCUGGGUUAUAUGCGUACCCAAGCAUGCUACUAAAGAGAUAAAACUCAUUCAUGGCCAUUAUGAGUGAAGAUUUUCACGAUUUGGGGAAGGGUAUUACUCAUAUCAGGAAUUGAUAAUGAGGCAAAUUUAUCCGCUUUGGCGUCACUCGCAACGGAAAUCAACUCGUGGAGGAGCCCGGCCCACCGGCGUAGACGUUGACGGUGACAGUGCCUAGCUGGAUCUGCCGGACGGACGCGCUUGAUGAUUCAUGAAUGACGGAGUGAGUGAACAAACAAGUUAGGCCUACCGGUAUUUCGUAAUCGACGUGCAAUAAUGAGGAAGCUAAUUCGUGACGUGAAUGCCCCGCUUACUGCUUUCAGAUGUUGGACCAGGUUUUCCUCCAUUGUAAUGGACAAAAUUAGAACAUGACCUGAAUUUCCUUGCUACCAUACCACCGAUAGGCGAUACAUUACUGGUUCUCUGAGCUGACCACUCAUCCUACGAACGAGGUUAUAAUAACUCUGUCUUCUUGUCAAUCUGUAUUUAGCUGGAAUCAGAAUCUGCAUCAUUGACAUUGCAUUUAUUUGUAAACAUUUCACUGUCUGACUGGACAUUUAACAUGUCGUGAAGUCUGAUCUGUUUCAAAAUGAUGAAAAUGGUGUCACUGUUUUUCAAAUUUUAAGAAAGUAGCCAAGUCAAUUUCUCUUGAUUUUCCAAAAGUUCCAAGAACUUCCAAUCAAAAAAAUCAGCAUCAAAUCAAUUUUAAAGAUUUAUUAAAGCCUGAAGGGGUGUGUUGAACAGAGUUGAGACUCCUGUCAAAGUCAAGCCAGGACUGCUUUGCUAAAAACAUUGUGGCGUGAAACUAGAGAAAGUGAUUUUUACUAGUGUGGAUUGACGUGACGUACACUCGAUUCCGUAUUCUCAGAAUUCAGGAGGGAAGAUAUUCUUCUUUAUUUCUCAAAUUUCAACAGGGUUCUGCAAUAGAUUUUACUUCAACUCAAAGACAAUAUGUCAUUUCGUCGGAUGUUGAAAGGAGCCAGUGGGCGGAGCUUGGCGUCCAAGGAACCAGAGCCGGGUGACCAAUCAACAGAGAUCACUGUCCAUCCUGAAACUCGCAAUCCAACGCGUGUAUGGGACACCAUACGAUACAAACAGAAGGUUGACGUGAUAACGCCUAUUGAUCCAGCCACACCCAAACCAAGAGACCAUGUGCGGUUUGUGUGUAUAUCGGACACGCAUUCCAAGACUGGUGCCAUGCCAGAGAUUCCUGACGGGGAUGUGCUUAUUCAUGCCGGGGACUUCACCAAAAUUAGCCGCAGGAAAGAAGUGGUAAAUUUCAAUGAGUUUCUAGGUCACACGAGGUUUGUAUGCACAUCAGAUACCUUCUCAAAGACGACGUAUCUAAGCAAGGUGGUCCCGCCCGGCGAUGUCUUUAUUCAUGCUGGAAGCUUCAAUAACAUUGGCCUCCCAAGGGAAGUCACUGCAUUUAAUGAGUUUCUAGGUAAGUACAUGUAGGAAUGAACAGAGUCAUGAUGUAUUGUGGAUGAAUGACAUCAUGUCUUGUCUGUUAUCA